AUGCCCGCUGCACCCGCUCAGGAUUCUCUAACGGUUGCUGAUCUGCAACGUCGUCAGGCUGAACUUGAUGCCCGAGCCGCGCAACUGGAUCUGAGAGAGCGCCAGCAGCAACAACAGGAGAUGUGGCGUGCAGAGCAUGGCUAUGGCAAUGUCUCGGGUAUGGUUUACCUUUUUCUAGUGAUUUCCUGCCAGCGCCUUCGCUGAUCACUGCCUUGCCCAGAAGUAUUCGUUUUCAACUCGGGGGUUGGUCCUGCUCAGGCUAUAUUCUAUCGCAGUGGGUGGGCAUUCGGGAGCUCCAGGACUACAGGAACUGCCCCGCGAAGACGCGCUUUGCUUGUCAACUGAACUGCGGGCGGCCAAUUCGUCGGGUAGUGGAACCACCUCCAAUAAGGGUUAACUCCUAAAUGACCUACCUCUCGCAUCUGGCGAACGGGCCAGCUUCGACUGCGCAGCAGCAACAGCGGCAGUAGUAGUAGUAGCAGCAGUAGUGGUAGUAGUAGUAGUAGUAGUAGUAGUGGUAGUAGUAGUAGUAGUAGUAGUAGUAGUAGUAGUGGUAGCAGUAGUAGUAGUAGUAGUAGUGGUAGUAGUAGUAGUAGUAGUUAGUAGUAAUAGUGGUAGUAGUAGUAGUAGUAGUUAGUAGUAGUAGUAGUAGUAGUAGUAGUAGUAGUAGUAGUAGUAGUAAUAGUAAUAGUAGUAGUAGUAGUAGUAGUAGUAGUAGUAGUAGUAGUAGUAGUAGUAGUAGUAGUAGUAGUAGUAGUAGUAGUAGUAGUAGUAGUAGUAGUGCCUUCAGACGUGGUUGUCCACCCAUCUGGCCAGUCAGUCAGCCACUAAAGCGUCACAAACACAAGACUUGGCAUGUUUUGGCCGCUACCAAUCACCCGCACCGUCCACCACAGGCAGAUACUGGUGUGCCGGUGAGGUGGAAUUGAGGUAUUCCAAUAAAUCCUCCUAUCACCAAAGCAUUCCAGUGUUUGUUGAGCCACGGUUUAACUGAGUUGUUAGAUAGCUGGCAGGCUAUGUUCCGCGUCCUGGUUGGACUUGGAGAGGAUUAGUGGCUAGAACGCUGGUAGUGGAAACACAUUUUUGAGAAGUUCAAGCCUGCAGCUCUCGUAUUGCUGAACUCUGAUAAUUCUUCAGAUAUUUAAAAUUAGUGUGAUCAAUCAGUCGAGGCGGCAGAGUGAGCAAUUCCAUUCCUGUUCCCGAAUAGAACCGCAAAUCGUCAAUCUUAAAUGCACCUUUGUCCGCAGAGGGCCAUGUUGUCGUGACACACGCAGUCAGCUAAGAAAGUUGUCAGAAGGGGCAUCUGGUACACGCACUUGCUCCGGCUAGCCUGUUGGCUUGCCGUCAGCACCAAAAAGCAAGAUGGUAGGCUGCAAUCCAAAGUGAAAAGACAGGAGAUUUCAUACUUUUGGCGUCUUUGGACGGUAUCGGUGAGCUCAACUUGAAGAGCUGAAACCGUACUUGUGGGUACACGCGACGCGCUGGUGAAAACAGUCGAGGAGGCGUCCGCGGCCUUGUUAACGACUCUCCUUUGCCGAUUUCAUGGCGGACGGGGGGGGGGGGAAGAGAGUAGGAAACAACUGUGGGAAGGCGAGUGAUAGUUCGAGAUCAUCGCGAACGACCCCCAUCAUGUGUCCCACGGAGUGGCUUUUGCUGCAUCUACUGCACUCUCUCCGUCACCCAGCAUCCUCCGCGACCGGAGGCGGGGUCGGGCGCAGUGUCUGACAAAACUAAACAGUAUGUCUAGGUCACCCUUGACACCUAGUCCGCACAUCUGCCAGGGCAACUCGGCUAUAACACGCGGGAGAGCGCCAUAGAUGCCGCAUUAAUUCCGAGUCACAGUCCCUAAUUCACCCCAAAAUACUCCCCGGAAGGCCGAGUUAUCCCAUCGGUUCGCAACCUUUCAACCUACGACUCUCAGCGCGUCGUGAUAGAUCUGAGCGCCUUGGAUCUAUUAUUAGUGAUGCAGGCGUUUGUCUGUCGUGAGGACUAAUCCCCCCAGUAUCUGCCUCGUCAUGCCCUCAUCCGGGAUCCGGUCAACAUUCUGUGCCUAUAAACUAACCGGGGAUGGAACUGGCAUAAUGCCUGACAGCAUAAAGGCCUAAGGUAAAGGCGCCUGCUAAAAGCGCACUGUUAGCCGGUCUGAACCUCGUUGUGUGAUCCAGCACACCUACAGCACCGACCGUUCUCCGGGCCCAUAAUAUUUACAUAGAAACUCUCACUCAGCUGGGGGAAGGAUUGCGCAAAGAACUAGCAGUUGCGUUGGACCAGGAAGGAGAGUAUUGCGUCUCCUUUGGGACGCAACCCCAGUCUAUAAUGUGGGUAUCCUCUGUCAAUGAAGUGGAGGUAGCGCCUCUGCAGUAACUGGAACCUGUGAAACUAGUGUGUCUAACGUUUCGAAGAACAUAAUAGAUUCUUUUGUCUGAGCGAGAUAUUGAUCGUCUCAGUAUGUUAUUACCGACAAAGACAAGGGUAAUAACAUUCGGCCUAUAUCAUGCGCCGCUGUGCGGCUGUUGGUUGGGCUCGAGAGAGAGAGAGAGCCCGUAAGGCACAACAGAACGAGUGAGUUCCGUAAGAACGAUCGGCGAGCUCCCCCUGCCAUUGAUCGUCUCGUCAGUCAGAACCGCCUUGUGUCCCUACCACUAACUGAUGACCGAUGUUGAUCACGUGUCUUCUCUGUGUGUGUCCGUCAGUCUGGUUGCGUAGAAAGGAGUUGGCGAGGGGGGGUGUGGAGGCUCGACUAGUGACGAGAUUCGCACACCUCGGUUAGCGCUCGUGCUGUUGUUUUCUGGCCUCUCCUCUAGUUAUCUUCAUGACAACAACGCCGGUAGCGUAAUUUUGUUGCGGAAGGUGGGCAGCUCUGUAGAACGUUCCGCCUAAUUAACCUAUUUUCCCGCGAUUUGGCAAAAGACGCUUCUGAAAUGCCUGUCUCUUCAUCGAUUCAUGACAAUUUGAUCCCCCAACAACCUCGUAAUGUCCCACUCUUUCCCCAAGUAUUUUGGUUUUUUGAACUGACUAAGACCGUGGGCAUAUGAAACUUUCGCUAGUUCGGAGCCGGAUGCAUUGCUGACCAUCUCCACUGGGUGGGUCGGCUCCUGGGCACGUGCACAGAACGCUUAGCAUACAGAGUUGUGUGCUGCGCUUACGUCAUCCGCACAUCUCCGGUCUCCCACGUCAUCUUUCAAAAAUCUCGAGUUCACGCAGGCUUUCGAUUUUUUUUUCUGUUUACGCCAACAUGCUGUGGAGGGGAGUAUUUUGGUUUGAUCCUAGUCCGGACCCUCCUAGUUAUUUCGAAACGCAGUCUGAAACUCCGUCUGUAUUUUCUUUUAAUUUUCAAAUGCGCACUCGAGGAUUUCAGUCAGUGUUUUGACGCACACCCAACACCUCUAUUUUUCACACAAAUUUCUCGAAAUAGGGCUUUGAAGGCAGUAGUGUGUGCGUGUGUCUGCCCUCACUCUCUCUCGCCCUCUCAACCGUUCAUUGUACAACAAUGAGACCUAUUGUCGACCUAUUUUGUAGUCCCCGAGAGAUCUGAGAGUAAAAGGAGGCUAAACAGAUUUUAUGAAAAAAAAACAAUAGCAAAAGCACUGCGCCACCCUCCCCCCCAACUGGUAAAAGUUUCUACCUGCUGACGUUCUACCUGUUUUUUUUAUUUAUGAAAGCGUAGAACGGGAGCGUUAGGCGCAGUCGCUUUGACUUAUUGAGUCCUUGAUUGUCAAGCGACAAUUUCAUUCUCCAUUGGUCUGCAAGUGAGUGGACUCACAUGCUCUCACACGUGUAGCUGACUUCGAGACGCCAUUACGCGGUCACGUGUUAAGACUUGCAGUACAUCCUAAUGCCCACGACUAGUGAGACUGAUGAAAUACUUAGUUCUAUUCAGUUGCAUCGGUCCGGCGAAUUGAGCCCUUUACGACCAAACAUUGGUGCACAGAGGCAGGCCUGCUUUCCUUCUUAGGUAGGGUUUUAUUUUUCAGCAAUUGGAAUGGCCCUUCCAGUCUACCUUUUCUUUGUCGGUAAUAACACACUGCCUAUAUCAUGCGCCGCUGUGCGGCUGCUGGUUGGGCUCGAGAGAGAGAGCCCGUAAGGCACAACGGAACGUGUGAGCUCCGUAAGAACGAUCGGUGAGCGACCCCUACCAUUGUAUAUUCCCAACUGAAACCGACAGAGCCACCGGCUCGUGGCCCAGCGGUUAGAGGCGUGGACUUCUAACUAACAGGUCACGAGGUCGCGCUAACUCAUGAAAUCUCAACAGAAAUUCCGAAAUGCGUUUCCGUUUCGAAAAGAACUAAAUAUUAGGCGGCAUAAUUCUGUAAUAAUUCAGUUACCUUAGGACGCCUGCUUUCGAACAAAAGUCUUUGCGGCUGCAUCCAAAAACCGUACUCCGCAAAAAAUGACUACUUAAGGAGCAUGCCUUUUUUUCAUAAAUUUUCGAUGCCCUUCAAAAUUCUAUUAUAUUUCAUGGAAAACAUGCAUCAAAAUAUCCAUUCUUUUGCUCAUUUGUUAGAAAAUUGCGUUUUCUUCCAAUUUUACACUCGAAGGAGGGGUAUAAUUCGGUUUUUAAAAAGUUUCUAAUUGUGAGAUUUUUGUGCCGUGAAAUGGCCCUUCAUAAAACGUCAUGUCUCUACAUUUACCAAUGUAGCUUGUAAAGGUAAAAUGUGGUUCAAAUCCACUGCUUAUUUUUAUAAACCCCAUAUGGUCUUCACUAAAUACGGUAGAGAAAUGUAUGGUUUUCCGUACGCGUAAAAUUUACGGCGUGUAGUUUGGGAACCCUGAAUGCAAGUGUGUCAUCAGGUCGGGUUCAAAAUUAUUCGGGAAUUGGAAAAGUUUUAUAAAACCAAAUUAUACCCUUCGUUCGAGUACAAAAUUGAAUGAAGACGCAAUUUUCUACUGAAUCAGCAAAAUUAUGAAUAUUUUUAUGCAUGUUUUCUAUGAAAUAUGAUUGAAUCUUUAAGGGCAUCCAAAAUGAAUGUGAAAAUUUCAUGCUACUAACGUGGACAUUUUUACGGAGUAUGGUUUUUGGAUGCAGCCGAAAGAAAGCUUAUUUGGAAAGCUGGCGUCCUGGGGUAACUGAAUCAUUAUGGAAUUAUGCUGCACGAUGAUUGGCUUUACAACCCUACUUAAUUUAUCUUUUCGAAACGGAAAGGCUUUUCGGAAUUUCUGUCGGCAUUUCAUGAGUUAGCCCACUUACUGUAGCUACUGUAUGUGUCGGUCGUUAUGAGACUGUUUUGCAGCCAAAGCUUGUGACUAGAGCUCUGUCACGUGGUCCCCAUCGCGGUGUCUACGACUGCGUGAAACAGUAACUCAGCUGUAGCGUGCGACGCGAUUCCUCCCCGUCCCCACGCGAGUUUGGCGCAACCGUGGCUUGCGCGUAAAUCCCUUUACAAUGAAGCGGGCUUUCACGGCGUCCAUCUCACCCUCCCCCAUCGCUCGCUGCCUUCCAAAGGUAGAGAUACAGUCAGAACGACCAGAGACGGACAUGGACGCAGUGAUUCGCAUAGGCCGUCUACGCCUGCCACACACGACCUCGUCCCCAACUCUACACGUAGUGAACUUCACUCGGGGAAUUUCGAAUACAACGCAAGCGAGUGUCAUUUAAGGGGGGGGGGGGGUCAUUGUAACUCGACCCUCAGUCCUCAGUAGGACCGAGUUCUCUUAUCGGUUGACAACUGUUUAGAUCACAGCACACAGGCAGGCACCAUACGAAUACAUACAGCCUACGUUUCUUUGAACUUCUGACAUGCACCCUCGUAUGUCCUUUGCAGGUUCUGCUGUGAUCGCACAGAUUAGCUUGACCGGGUAUUUGACUAGGGACCCCCACUAUGGUCUUGUUUGACUUGCCCUUUUAGAGCACCGAGCGUCAAUCUUCAUGCUGUACCCUGACCUUGACUGGCUUAUCUCCUCUAAAGUUCUUUCAGACCCUGAUGUUGCAUUUUCUAUAAUCUUUUCUUAAGAAGGCGUUUCAUGUGAGUUCAGGAGGGCAUUUUUUAAAGGCCAUUUUUAUUUUUCGGUUAUUCAAGCCUCAAUUUGUGCCCUCCACAUAUCGGCAAUUCAACCUGUGAACACCCUUUCAAACCACUCUUCAUGGGCAAUCAAGUCCAUGCGCAUGGGUGGUCCGAAGAAGUAGUCUAGCCCGACGAAAACUUAUCAGAACACGAAGAUGACCUUGAGUAGUAAACAACUUUUUAGGACAAAGUAUUUAAAUGUGGAAGAAAAAGACACCAACUUCUGGUUGGUAAUGUUUGUGUGCUCCGCUCUCUUCAUUUUAUGCAUCACUGUGAAAACGUCAUCUGCGGCCAGAUAUUAUUCUCAGAAUGGCUGCAUUCCCAGUGAUGGCGUUGGUGCUAAGACUCGGGGCGUUUUUUUCUCCUUUCACAUGGUUUCCUCCCCUAGAAGCUUAAGAGCCUGCCAUCAGCAGGGACGAGGUAACUUGGAAUUAUCAUUUCUCGUUUGCCAGCCUUACGCCAGACUGGGAGCUUUGUCCUCCUCCAGUUGAACCACGGACUUAUGCCUUGUCAUCUUUGCUAGAAAACAGUAAAAUCGCCAUGAAGCAGUUUCCACCCAUCCAGCCUGAUUACAGAGCAGAGUACGGGUAUUCUUUCUUGUUUUGAAGCGCUGAUCUAAUCCCCUCAGAGGGAAUCCCUUGGGGUUGGUAGAUAGGGUGUUUUUUUGUGGAUCACCAGAUUGCCGGGCUUCCAUUCCACGCCUCGUCGAUUUUUACCUGAUGACCGGUCAAAAUAACAAUCACAUCUGUCCUGAAUGGAGUUUUCAGGGCCUCUGUCGUCUACUCCGAAUAUACUGACUGAUACUGACUGACUGACAAUCGGGACAGAUCGGCACACGCGACCCUCAUGCGACUGACUGUUCCUGAUCUCGGCCGACAUGACGUAAGCCCGUGUUGAGGAUGUUGCUCGGUGAGCAACUGACUUGCGGCUCGAAUCUUGAGUGUGCGGUCCGUCCGAUGACGGCAAGGAGGCCAGAAACGGUCAUUUAAUCGACCCGUUUUUGCCAGCACACAAUUCUGAAUUAUUGUUUGUUGGCCGCUAUCCGACCGCCUGCCUGAGCCCUAGGAUUUGAGCUCCAAAUCAUAACACAAAUGCCUAUUUUCUUUCGACUAUCAGAAUAGGCCGACGAUGCACGCCACUUUUCCGUGACCAGGAACUAUUAUUAUCAUUGUUACACAGUGACGAGCAAUAAGUGAUAAAGAAGUAUUACCAGCAAGGACAAGGAAGACUGGUACAAUCCUUUCACGUUCAUUUUCCGCCGUCGACAAAGCCUCCCAGACCCCCAGAUCGGACAAACCCGAUAUUUGAACCUGAGCUCACUUUUGCAAUUUUGCAUCAAGUCAACGCUCAAUCAUUGCUCGUCGCUGUGCAGCUCGCUAGGGGUUCCAAGGCAAAAUAAAACGUCCCUUUCUUACCCCUUAAUCAGGACAUAUUAUGCAACACCAUUUCCAAGUUUGACCUUUACGCCUGUUUAACAGUGUGACUUUUCAAGCGUGGGCCACCAGCAAAACCUGUGUCCAAGUCGGGUUUUGCAAUCUCGUGUGGUAGACUGUCUGCCUUUAUAUGGAGGCGGGUCCUCUCUGGGCGUCCGUCAUCACCUUGCAUCUCAUUUCCCACCCGUUGCCCGUUAAGACAAGACAGUGAUUCCAAAGUUCACGACUAAUAGGCGUUGCGCCAAUGCUGAUGUAGGCAAGCCGCCCGUGGCAUAUUUAUUCUCUUAGGAGACGUCCACCGACCGGAUUAUGAGACCAGCUCAUCCCGUCGUGGCUUGGGACUAAGUGCGCAAGCCUCGCGGGCAGUCACAUAGCGGCCAGGAAUAUGUGUUGGAGGGAGUUGCGACAGGGACAAGGGAGACCGGAGGGGGCACUUCUAGUCUAUUAGCCGUAAUCAGCCAGCCAUGUCCUACCGCAGAGGUUUAGGGCCUUUGGGGUUCGAACCUGGCACUGAGUCCAACGCUUCGCCAUUGACCCAAGGGCCCUUUGUCCUGUCGGUUGCGAUCGGAUAUAUUAUUAAAGAAAGGGCGCCCACCUAUCGGAUUACGGCACCUCGUCCCGACCGCAAACAACAGGACGAGGGGCCCAUGGGUGAGUGGCAGGGCGUUGGAUUCAAUGAGCAAAGACCCCCCGUUCGGACUCUAGGUGCUCCGAACCUCGGGGCCUGGGUAUGACCGGCUGAUGACGGUCAAAUAGUCAGAAGUGGCCAUUCCGUCCUCUCUUCAGCGCAUAUUUGUUCCGUUUUAUGGUUUCUGGUCUCCGACUGAUACGAGAAAGCCCUUUGCAUGACCCUCUCUUGUGCGCCAUGGGGUAUUGUUUCUGUUUUUUUGUUUUCUGGCGCACCUUCUCUAGGUAUGCGUGUGGGCAUGUGCCUGCGGCGACACUGUUCACAACCGAGUGUUCUGGCCUCGCCUGUGGUCGUAACAACAGACACGUACGCAAUUCACGAAUGAGAUCAAACCCCGGAGGCAGGGGGGAGAAUGAGCGGUCGCCCGCGGACUGACAGGAGCCUCAGGAAGGCCCAAACUUGCCUGUUAGCCUAGCUAGCAUGUUGAGUGCUCUCGGGCAUCCGAUAAGGCCUCACUCACCGCCCUCGGAACAGUCCUGGCAGCUUCAUCUGAUGUGCCGAAGGGAUGAAUGGAGCCAUCCAUGCUGGGACUCAGCUACUAAAAGAAACUGCUCCAACCCCCACCCCAAACAGUCACCGCUCGAUGAACCACGACUUGGAUGACCGAAAGAGUGUGAUUCUCGCGCCUGGGCUGUUGGUGCCGAUAUGAGCAAUUUCUUGACUAGCAGCAACAAGCUCCCUAGUGAGGUUCUAUCAGUGCCUUCCCAUCGCUCAGUCGUUGUACGCCAUUGCCUUGCGCAGGAAUGAGCUAACGCCCAUUUAAUUUGCCUCUCCUGAGCAAGUGUGAUCUACCGGGUGGAGUCGUCCGCCAACGCCUCGUGUGCUAUCGCAGGAACAGUCGGCGCCUGACUCAUCAAUGGCGCAUCUACUUAUUUUGGUGUGGCUGCGCCAACCCAUGCGGUAGAUGCGCUGGGCCAACACGACCGGCACAUUGAAAUCCGGCGGACGUUAUCGGGAAUGCGCAUCCACAACAAAUGUGAACAUCGGGGAUGUGGUGACAGGCCCAGUUGCAGGCUCAUGCCGCACCAGGGAGGGGGAUCCCCGCCGUCCCCUUUUCUAUGCGUGUAUAAACUCCUGACCAGUGUACGUUGUGGAGACCAGGGCUCGUGGUGGUAUGCCUAAGUGCAAGUUUUCGCCGUGCCAACGACCUGCGCCCUCUCCCACCUCCAGUUUUUCUGACUCUGUCUUGACACCAGGUCCAGGUGGGAGAGGAAGAAUGGAGUGCAGUAGAUGCUGCGCAAGCCCUCUAUCACUAUAAACUAAUUCGCGCGCACGCCACCGUUCCUGUUCUCACCUUGUUGUGGAACUCACGGUGGAUGUCGUCGGCAACGACGGUCAAACCGUCACGCCAACCUGUGUGCUUCAGAAGCUGUCUUCAAAUCUUAAGCGUAACGCGCUUUAUCGGAAGACUAACCAGGUUUAUCGACGGCUGUGCCAACCACUUGUUGAAUCCACUUUACUGUUCAUUCACUUCCACCGUUAAAUUAUCAACGUUCAUUUCUUUGGUAUUAACUUCAGCGGUGAUACCAUGCAUCCAUUUAAGAAUUCAGGUCCAGCAAGCAUACGCUCUCGAUUAUUCUUAACCAGGUCCUAACAGAGUAAGAUGUGGUUUGGUAACCCCACCUUAUAGACACAAUACUGUUGGGGGUGGAGUUAGGGUUAGCGGUUGGGGUUUAAGAUAAGGGCUUAUAGUUAAGAUUUGGUGUUAGGACAACUAUUUCUCAACCAUUGAAAGUACAUCCGCGCAUUCUCAAUAGCUUCUCUUUUGCAUACAACUACUUGACCUCGUCCCUGUGCGUUCUCUGGCCCCACCUGCAAAAACCCCCUAUCACCACUGGUCCCGUAUUAGAGGUGACUGGGGUUUGUUUACUUCAGGUGGGGCCACCAAACCACAUCCUACCCUUAACAGUGUAAUAUAAGCGAGGGUAGAGUAGCAAGAAUUUAAUCAGCCAAUAAACAGUAGGUAUGAGGGAGAGGGUUUAAUGCGCUCAGAGGUCGGGGGUUAUAGUCCUGUCAGGGGCUCUGGGAGAGAGGUGUCCGGCCAUUAGCUAUGUCUCUGCUUCGUUGCUGUGAAGCAACGUGAUAGGAGGUGUUGAACGCACACGCUGGGUUCACCUUCGGCCUUAUUCAGGCGGAGUCCUUGUCGCAUUCCGAGUCCGAUUCGCGUCACGCACUUCCAGUCUUCAGAUGGAGCUUGGCUUGGACGAGCAGGUUUCAGCCUGGCCUUGGAUCUGCACAGUGUAGAUCGCAUGAUUAAGACACAGGAAACACGUAAACGAAGCAUUUCUCCUCCAUUGCUAGCCUGCGUACUCAGUCUUGAGUAAGUGACAGUAUAGGCUGGACUCUGACGUAUUCUCUACCACCCUUGACUCAAUUUGUGUCUUUUUUGAGUAAUUUGGGUUAAUAAAAACUUUGCGUAUGUGUCAGUAAGUAAGCCAUAACGAUUUGGAGCACUCAGCUGGAAGAGUUAGUAACCUGUUACAGUAUAGACCAGACACUUGGUGGAUAAAAACUGACAGUUCGGAGUGAUCGUGAAGACAGUGGUAACCUGUCCUGUCAGUAUCCGACUCAACCGCAACAGCACUCAUGUCAGCCCAUAAAUGGCGGAAAACUAUUCGGAAGUUCUGUGCGCGGGUACGUCAGGAGGAACCAGGCAUUGGGGAACCGACAAAUACAAGGGGGGCGGGGGAGGAGGAUUGGGGUGGCUAUUUCUGACUGUCAACCAUCCUUACCCCCAAACCCAGGUUUUUGGGGCAGCCGAGCCUCCAACUCGGCGUUCUUUGCUCCUCGAGCGUUAUUCGAUCCCACGCUCUACGGGCCUGUUGUCCUGCGGGUUACGAUCGGGAACAUUACCUAUAAAUUAGAUGGUACCGACAAAGACAAGCGAGACCGAAAUGGUCAUUUCUGACUUAUUAACCGUCAUCAGUUAUCAACUAUGAUAGGUGGGCACGUUACGUAACCUGAUCGAUAAACGCCCAUCUGUCAUAAUUGAUGUUCUCGAUCAUAACCGACAGGACGACGGGCGCGUGGCUCAUUGGUAGAGUGUCAAACUCCAUGACCAAGGAUCCCGGGUUAAAAUCUCAAGCGAUCCACACUUGGGGUUGGGUGUGAAUGGCUGAUGACGGCUAGUAAGCCAGAAAUGGCCAUUCCGGUCUCCCUUGUCUUUGUCGGUAUCAUCUCAUCUAUGUCUACUACUGGUCGCUGUGAGACUGCCCGCGAGGGUUCUGGUAUGAGCCCCAGGGCACAACGGAACAAGCACGUUUCGUAACCGGGUCGGUAAGCGCCCAUCUGUUUACUCAAACAUGAGAAAGAGGGGUGGAGAAUACGCUUUAUUUCCAAAGUAUCGUUCAAAGUUGCCAGCAGACAUGAUUUCAUCCAUUUUGACCGGGACGUACGCUUACAAAUUAUGCAAGAGUAAUUAGGUUUGCAUAGAACUGAGUAUCUACUACGGGGACAGUUCAAGUCCUAUUAUCUGUAUUUCACGGAAAUGGCUCUACUGAAUGCCUAUGUACGGCAAGAGACAUGUCAGAGACCGCGGCGCAUGGGGCGGGAAGAAUUCGCAGCAGUUAGUUCAGAAUGUAAGGAAUGGGCAACAUUAUCCAGAAUUCGAUCUGUAAAUUGCUUGACUGUUGUAAAAUGUCGUUGUAUGGUAAUUGAUUUCUUAUUGUUAAAUUGGAAACCACUUUCCAACGACAAUGCAAAGCCCUUAUCCUGGCCAUCCAUCAAAAACUGGAAGUGAGCCUGAUUUUUGAGGGGGUGACCAACACCCAUAUCGUCAGCAUGUUUAACACGCAGGCAGCCAUUUGGUGAUCUCGGGUGAAGGGGGAAAAGGUGGGAUGAUAAAAUGGAACCUUGAAGGACUCCACAGUUAUUGGGAAGGAAAGUCGACUUCCGCUUGCCAGACGGGACAAAUUUACUGCGGAAAUAGCCCCUAAGCCUAGAAACAGCCCAGCCAGGAGAGCCGCUCGCUGAUGUUUUGGUAAGGAGGAGAUGGCGCGCGACGCUGUUGAAGGCAGAGGAGUAGUCAAAAAAUGCACAUGCGUAAGCACGGCAGUGCUUAUCUAGAUCUCUUAGAGCAGAGUGAACCACGAGAGCAACAGCACUCAGUCCGGCCUUAUAUGCAAAUUGCAAAGGGUAGGAGGAUUGGGAGGAGAACGACAUAAUGGAGUCUAAGGCAAUUCGUUUAGCGAGCUUCAGAAGUGCGGAGCUGAAGGAAAUUGGACAGGCACGCCUAGGACAAAAGUUAGUGAUUUUCGUAGGGAGAGGAGUGUUUCUUGCUGUACACCAAGCGUCAGGAAUCUUGGAAUCCACGAAGGACAUGUUAAUAAACUUCGUCAAAACAGGGGCUCUCUGACAACAACGAGGUUUAGGGAGAAAUGGGGAGACACCAUCCGGCUCGGCGACCGUUAAGCCAUGGAUCUGUUUAAGAUGUUUCUCCACUGUUGUCGCAGACACAGGAGUGAAGAUGCAUGGUUGUUGGUAAUGUCGUUUGAGGGAAGAUUAGGGUCAUCAGGAGUAAAGACAAAAUGUCCGUUUAAAGUCCAAAUCGGCAUCAACAUGUGGUAGUGUGUUACGUUGGUCAGUGAGACGCUUAAGAAUUCUCCAAAGAUCAGCAGUGGAAAGAGGAAAAGAAAAAAGUAAGAGGGAGCAUUUUGUGUACGUUUCCUACAAAACAGAUUUGAAUUGAUGCGGACGUCGAAAAUCAAGUGGAAAAGUUCGUGCUACUUCAGUAGUCACUUUUACCAAGUGCGGUUUUUGUGGGCGACCGGAAAAAAGCGCAUACAAAGACAGGCCUCUGGCGUAACUGAAAUAUUUUCGGAUCAAGCUUCACGAUAAUCAAUAUAGCAACUUCAUUUAGGCAAUCUUUUUUAGUCGAAAAAACAUUUCAGAAUUUCGAUCAACAUUUCAUGAGAUACGCCAUAUACUGUACUUCGGAUUUUUGUACGUCUGCCUGCGAGGGGUCUAGAUGGAGCUCCAAAACAUAACCGGACGAGCAUGUCUAGUAACCCGAUCGGCGACACAAUCCCAACAUAAUCUAAGAUGUGGAUCGGUUGACUCACACCUUUGUCUGACCGUCCUGACCCCAGUUCGUCUCCUUGCCCGUCUCGUUCCUGUAUCUCAGUCGCCGGACCUUUCGUAUCCAAUCAUUGGUCUCCGCCAGCGAUUAUAAGGAGGGGAGUGGGAGAAGCAAAAACUACCGAUACAAGCGAAGAUGCGAGUUCCAGGAGCUAGUUGGUCAGAAGAAGAAGCGAUCACUAGAACAAGGGCUUUAUUCGCCUGACGUUUCGAACUCUCACUCGAACCCAUCAUCAGAGACGAAAGCGGAUACGGGUGGUUCAUGCAAAAGGGGCUGCAGUAUUUAUAGGAUGCAGUAGCCAUGCUACCCCGGUAGCAUAGCGACCGCAUCCUAUAAAUACUGCAACUUCCUGUGCACGAGUCACCCUUUUCUGCCACUGUCUCUGAUGAUGGAUGCUAGUGAGAAUCCGAAACGUCAGGCAAAUAAAGCCCUUGUUCUAGCGAUCGCUUCUUCUUCUGAAGCAAAAACUGUCCCAUUUUGAUGGAAGGGGAGAGUUGAGUUUGUUUACCGAGCACAGGUUACGCCGAAAGUACAGAAAAAAGUAUCCCUCCCCUCUGCUCUUUUUGUGCCCAACAGUUCCCAACUGGCCCCCGCUGCCUCGCGGCUGUUGCUGCCGGCCAUGUGUCCGGAUUGAUUUCAACGCGGACAUUCCCUCACAGAGUCGCUGGUUGGCCAAGUACGCGCAUUACCUCUGGAUGUCCUACUCCCUGGUCCUCUUCCUCGACGUGUUCGGUGCCCUGAGCUACUUCAUCAUCAGCAAGACAGCAGACGCGGGACCCUUCUUCGGCGUGGCCAUCCUAAUGGCUGUUAUUCUACCACCGGCGGCCUUCUUCUGCUGGAAUCGUCCCCUCUACAAGGCUCUGAAGUAGGUCCUGUUUGGCGGUGCUUGUCGCCCAGCCCCCACCCCCGUGGUUUCAUCUUCCUCCUAGGUUGUACAAAAUGUCAUUAUGGGUUUGGACUGUCUCUGAGGACUCGACCGGGGCUUAUAAAAAUAAUAUACCUGCCCGUCUUCGACUUCCGACUGAUUUUCCAACUUACUUCUCGCGCUGUUGUCUCCUAAAAGCGAUACUAAAAUAUGUAAACGAUGUGGAAACAAGCUGUCUUCUUCUGACGAAAUAAAAUUCGCAUACAGUAGGUGACACAAGUGCAUCAUAUAAAACUCUCAGUUAAUAGUGAACGCCUUUCAGUUGAUAGGACACGGGAAUAGCCCCCCCCCCCUGUAAAACAGGUGAUUUUGUGCUCAAUUCCAGGGAGACUAGGAUCAGGGUUACAGCACCCUUCCUGGAAUGUAGCUCAAGACUACCUGUAUUACGGGGAGAGGAGGCUCCUAUUCCCAUGUCAUUAUUGAAACCAAUAUUACGUGGAUGAGAAAUAUCAGUUUUCACAUGAACUGCGUGUCUAAUGAGUGUUUGACUAUGCGUCUCAAAGUGAUGUCAUGCGAAUUCAGUGUAUUUGUUUCUUUUUUUGGAUUGAUCGAGGUGCUGUUGAUUACGGCGAAGAUGAAAUCGCGGAGAUAGGGACGCCAUAGAAGUGACAGUUUUCAUGCUGAUUGUCUGUAAUUCAUUAACAAAUGGGCAUACCAAUAGCAGAUAAAUCCGUAAACAUACCAUUUUCUGCGCAUCAAGAGAAAUUUUCUUCGUAAAAUUGUGGCGUGCUUACUGGAUUAAAAAGUCGUGUUUCAAAUUGGCAAAGGUUGUUUUUGUGGAUCAUUCUGCUUUAUGUGAAUGCCCUCCGCUAGACCAACAUCCAGUAGUGUGUACAAGUGGCGCAAGAAGUUAUUAAUGUAGGAUCUCGUCUGAAUGAUUUCCGACCAACUUUGCAAACUCUUUGCUUAUCAAAUUAGCUUAAGAACGUAUUUCAAACAAGAAGCAUAAUUCUUCUGGACGCGUUAGGUAAUAGGUGAAAUGCAUAACUUGGUACGGCUGUGUUCCUGCCUGAUCUAGCCAACCUCGAUGGUGCCACCUGUUGCACCUCCCCUUCCCACAUGUGUUGCUCUGUGGCGGGUACUAACAGCGCGACCCAUUCUCUUCUCCGGCAAGGGAAACCAAAUACCGAAGGUCCGAGAACCACUUCCAUGUCUUGACGAACUGUGUCGUGGCAGGUCUUGAGUUGACCGCCUCUCCGAUGCUUCCAGACGGGCAACGGCGCCAGAUUGAGGAACGGACAACAAAGAACGGGGAGGCAGAUUACUUGUCAGUCUAGCCGCUGGCUACCCGCCACGUACACAGGUGGCAGACAGUGGAACGGCCCUCAGCAAAGGUUGGCUGCAAAAUAAGCAGACGUUUGGGUUUGGCGAAUGAGCAGUCGUGGAUCAGCAGCAAUGACAGGGCUAGCAGCGCGCGCGGAGGGCUGAGGUCUGGCACACCGACUGCCUUAUAGACUGACGACACUGUUACAUGGCGACCGCGAAUUGCCCCUAAGAUUGCUUACCACUGCCGCCCUUUUGUGGUUAGGUUCUUUGACCAAAGCGCUAGAGGAGACAACCUCGAACAAACAAUCAGAGUGGCUGUUGGGGGGGAGACUCGCCUGCACUCAAAACCCCCAAGAUACCUCGAGAAAAAAUCUAACCGAACGCCUUACCGAACGAUGUUACCAGUACACUCUUAUCCAACUAGGCUCUGAACUCGUUCCACGUGAUUACACGUGACUUUGCUGGGCGCAGCUGCACCUCCUGACGUGCAAAACCAGAUGAGGGGGAGGCCAAGUUCGACCGUGGGACGAGGGCCAGCCAAAUUGUGGCACGCGUAGACGGGGAGCAUAUUACAAGGUCAAACACUGUGUCCACCCAAGCACCAGUUGUCUUGAGUCAGGUCGCAAUGGCUCCUUCUUAAUGGGGCGUCUAUGGUAUAGGAUCCGAGCCGAGGCGUUUCUGGCCACGCAAGCUACCUGUGUCCUCUCCCGACUCCGGUCUUUUUGACUCUGUCUUAACCCCAUGCCCAGGUUGGGGAGGAGGAAGGAGUGCGGUAGAUGCUGCGAAGGUCCACUAUGUUAUGUGCUCCGGUUGUGUGGCCUUCUCAAAGUUGUAAUUAUUUUUGAUGAAAAAACUUCAGACCGCCUCGAAUGCUCGACACAAUCCAUCCAGCACAACCGGCUUGAGCACUGUUCAACUUCCAAUGCCCUUUUGUACAGUCCUGCAUCCUGCCACCUCCAUUUCGGCAGCUAGGGGGCAGGACGGUGAGGGAGGGUGAAAAGCAAAUACGUUUUCCCGCAUUACCACCCAAGCUUUUAAAAGGCAUGCGUCAUGCGAGGGCGGAGCGACAGGAAACUGGGAACCAUGUCCAGUUUGUGUGCUCCCAUGGCAACGGAGGAGGGGGGACGAGGAGACGGCGAAACUCGAAGCUCCAUCGGACGCCGUCUAAAAGUAACGACUCUUCUUCACUACAUUCCGGUCUCAAUCACAGGCAUUUUCACCAAAAGGACAGUAAUGUUUGCAGUAUAGGAAAGGACUUCUACUUGGUCCGUAAAUAUACUCACCCAGAAAGCUGAAUCAGUCUUUCCGCAACUACGAAAGCAGAACGGUUUCCGCCUGUGGGAGUUAAGCGCACGCUUGGUGCAGCACUUUUCCAGCAUCGUUUAACUUUCAGACUUGUUACAACGUGGCAGUGGAGUUCCCGCUUUGUUGUUUGCUUUGAGCCUACAGCCUGAUGUUUGUUUUUUUCUUUCUCACCUCCAGAAACAACAGCUCCUUCAGCUUCUGCGUCUUCUUCCCCAUGUUCGGUAUCCAGUUGGUCAUUAUGCUCAUCCAAGUGCUUGGCAUCAAUUACCUCGGCGCCUGGUGAGUCACGGCUUUCCGCAUGCGGGCACCUUCCCCCCCCCCUUCCAUCUCCGUCUUCCUCUUAAUCAGCUAAUGCGCAAUGGGGGAACCUCCAACUGUGUCCACACCAGCGCAUUCUUCAAGCGAAUUCUACAUUUGCGUCCUUUUUCUAUCUCGGAUGCUGAUGAAGCCACCUCCCCUCGGCCGCAUCUUGUUUUCAGCGGACACGUUUUCCUUUGUUGGAUGUGACUUCAAAAAUACGCCCCCCACCACCGGCAGUUCGACCGUCGUUUCUGACUCGGCUUGGCGGGCGCAUGGGCGGCGACUUACCCUCGAAGUGGUUUAUAGUGAUAGUAGACCUGCCCUGCAUCUACCACACUCUCUCCUCGCCCACUCGAUCGUCGAUUCUGACGAUGUCCGCCAUGUUGUACACAGCAGGGCGAGGGCAGGGCCAGUGACUUGCGCUGCAUCUACCACACUAUCUCUUCUCCACCUGGACCCGGUGUUAGGACAGAAUCAAGAAGGCCGGAGGCGGGGGAGAGCGCAGGUGGAUGGCAGGGUGGAACCCGCACCUAGGCUUGCCACCACACCCCCUGGUCCCUAACACCCAAUUGGCCAGGGCAUUUCACCAAAAAUGACAACACCCCAACAGGGGUCAGAAGGACGAUGAUGACUGGGCAGCCAUGCUCACCACAUGUAUACCCAGCGGGAGCGCAAGCGCAUUUACCGACAAGGGACCAGGUGUCAGGGAACUGCCGGCGCAUACCAGGCUGCGAUGGCCAUGGUUUGCUGAUACUGACGUAGCACACGCUUACAGACCUUUUGACGAACACACAUGCCAGAGUUUUGCAUGGAACAGAACCACGUUCCAAAGGAACUGCCUAGAGCAAUACUGUUGCUUUUCCGUCGUUCGACGUGCGUUCAGUGAUUAGGUUACGGGACGAGCAUGUUCCGUUGCGCCUUGGGCCUCAAUCAAACGCCCUCGCAGGCGGUUGCUUAGCGACCGGUAACCAUGCAGGGAAGAGUGCCGCGUGUUGAUCAUAUCACCCUUUGAGGGGUUGAUGUUGAUACAAAAAACUGAACCCUAUUCGUUGCCUGCACCUCAGUCGUCUGAAAUACAAGUCACGGCGGUGACGUUGACACCGAAAAAAGGGUCCUUUGAUGUGUCCGCUGUUUUCUUUAAAUCAUUCUUAACACAGAAGACCACGACCUCUGCAUGCGUUUGCGAUCUACAAACGAUGGAAUGUAUCUGGUUGCUGGGGUGCGUCUUCCUGACCAUCCGGGUGUAGAAUGAGUCGAUGAAUGCUUCUCAUCACGUUGUUUCGAACAGACUUAGUGAUCAAAGUACCUGGCUGUUGCCCAGAAAUAGUAACGGUCCCCUCCAGGCGUGGCCUUUAUGACAUUUUCAAGAUAGUGCCUCUCUCUCGGCUGAUGCAGAGUUGAAGGCCGGCACGUGCGUUGUGCGCGCGGGCGUGACGGCGGCUUCACCUCCAGUGACUGAGCUCACAUCCAUCUCUAGGCUUGUGACGGCUCAAAUUACCAUCCUGCAGUACCUUCGAAAAUAAGAUAAGUCGAUUUUAAACGACGUUCUUCUCAAAUCAAUGCCUCAUGCUCGAAAAAUAUCUGAAGAACUUUGAGGAUGAGCAGGACAAGGAAUCAGGAACUGUCCGAAUAAUUGUUGCCUACACGGACAACGGCGUCUGGAGGCGGUGUGCGGCGGCGGGGGGGGGGGGUGCGAGGAAGGUGACCAAAUUGGCCUCCGCCAGUGCCACUAAUUGUCACCGCCUCAGUAACUCUGUCUAUUCGCAUAUGCAUGUGUUGUCUUCUCCAGGAAUGCAAAUGACCCCGUGUCCACAGGCGCCAAAGACGACUGUAAGCGAAAAAAUGCUUUCCGUUCUUCCUAUACUGGUAUGUGUCUCGCGUGCGCUCAGAACUGAGGUUACUGUUUUUCCGCUGAUCGAGACUCACGCAGACGUAAGAGCAGUGGAGAACACCCCCUCCCCGCCACCGACAUCUUUGGGUUGCAGGUGAAAUGACGUAAUUGUCAUCGGCGGUCAGUUUAAUGGUGGCUGGAGCCACUUACUAGGCUGUUAAAAGUUGGGUUACCUCUAAAAAACUCCUAGAAGUGUCAAUAGAAGCGACAAGACGAGUUCCAGGAAGCAGCCUUGAAUAAGGAGACACGAUCGCUGGGACAGGAGCUUCAUUAGCCGGACGUUUCGGAUUCCUACGCGAACCCAUUAUGGGUGAGCAAUCAUCACAGAAUGGUAUUACCGACAAAGACAAGGGAGACUGGAAUGGCCAUUUCUGGCUUAUUAGCCGUCGUCAGCCAGCCAUACCCAAGCCCGAAGUGUGGAACACCCGAGCCUCGAACUCGCGACCUGUUGGUUUAGAGGCGUUGACUUCUAAACCAACAGGUCGCGAGUUCGAGGCUCGGGUGUUCCACACUUCGGGCUUGGGUAUGGCUGGCUGAUGACGGCUAAUAAGCCAGAAAUGGCCAUUCCAGUCUCCCUUGUCUUUGUCGGUAAUAUCAUUCUGCCUAUAUAUAUAUAUAUAUAUAUAUAUAUAUAUAUAUGAUCCACCGCCCCCUGCCCGUUCAUCCGGCGAGAAGACGCUCUAGGACUCCCUCCGCGCCCCUUCCUCCCUGCCGCCCUGACUUCGUAUGUAUGAACAAAACCCGUCUCGACAUGAUUGUCACCCACCUAUAAAUACUGUGAGGCGCGAUACCACACUCACCUCCGACGAUGGAAGCUUGUAUGCUUUUGAAACGUCAGGACAGUAAAACUAUGGUUCCCGAGAUCGCCUUUUCUUCUGAUAUAUAUAUAUAUAUAUAUAAAUGUAGUGCUGGAAUUUCCAGUGAUACUGAUAGGCUAGGAGUACGCAAUACAGUCUCUAAUCUUGAAGAAGGAGACACGAUCGCGGGGACAAGAGCUUUAUUAGCCUGACAUUUUGGUUUCCUGCUCGAACCCAUUAUCAGAGACCCGUACAUGCUUUCGUCUCUGAUGAUGAGUUCGAGCAGGAGUCCGAGACGUCAGGCUAAUAAAGCCCUUGUCCCCGCGAUCGUGUCUCCUUCUCCUAGAAAUGCUCAAGCUGCAGGCCUCUGUCUCGCCUGGAUGGACUCACCUGGAACUAGGGGGCACCAGGCUAGGCGCGAUGCGCUCGCACUCAUAGUGUAAGGAUUUCAGAUUAUUCUCAAGUAGCUGGUUGAGGUAUGGCGCUCUCUGUCUUAGAGAGGGUUCGGUGAAUGGAAAUCCUGCGUAGUUUUUUUGCAAAUAAGUCCCCUCCUCUACGAAGGACCUUCUUAUUGCGAAAAGCACGCCAGCUGCUCCCCGGAAGGGAUGGCUUUUGAACGGCGACAUCCUUGUCCGACGCACCAUUAUUGAAUUUACUGUAUCUACGAUUAUCAACCGGUUUUAUCGCUUCUGAGAUAUGAGGGGCCACGUGCACUGUUUAUCUCCCCCACUACCACUGGUGGCUGUGCUAUUUUGCAAUCUCUCAGCGACGCCUCAGUUUUGCUGAUAGCAAAGGCUACCAGCCUCUUCAAUGACGUAACACACACACACACACACCCUCACAUCUGCCCUGAAGCACAACCUGUGCUGAUGACAGACGCUCUCAGAGCACCGUUGCCGGCACAACGCCUCAACAAACUACGGCACUGUUACUCACCGUUUGGCCCUAAAUUACGGCAUACCUCUCUUCCUCCGGCAGCAAUGAAAAGACAGGUUUUUGACGCUCUUCGCUACCUACCUCACCCACCUAUAUCGUUCGUUGCAGUGAAUCGCACCAGUCAGUCAGUCAGCCAGUGUAUUUGAGGAAAAUAGGCUUACGCCUUUGAACUCCCUAUUUUGCGUAAAAAAUCGAGAUCUGUCUGCGUUUCUGCUUCUCGAAGUGGCAUUCCGUUCAGAUGGUAUUGCCGCGUACUAGGGGUUUGAUUUCCGAAGCGCAGUAUGGUACAUUUGUCGAAAUUGAAGGACAAGAGCCAUAUGCGGGAUCACUCGUCCAAUCGACAAAGAUUUUCUUGGAAGUUGGUCUCAUCGGCAGCAUUUUGGAUGAGGUUUCAGGUUUUUAUGCCUUCCGCAAACAUGGCACUAUCACAGUCCAACCCAUCUACACAAUCAUCGAAUAAUUUUUUCCAGCUUAACAUCGACCAGGCCGUGGAAAUUUUAACGGCCUCCUGUCAUCCUUGUUGGUGCUCUAAUGUUCCUUCGGUCUGCUAAAACUGUCCGGUUUUUUUCUUAACGUCGCAUCCUGCCAAGUCUUUGCUUACCCCUUGUCGUUCACACUCCCACGUUGUUAGGAAUCUGAGAUGUGUGUGUGUGUGUGUGCGUGUGCGUGUGUGAAAGAGAGAGAGAGAGGAAUGCGCUUUAUUUUGAAAUCAUAUGUUCAAAAUUUUCAGCAAAAAGUUGGCUCCAUUCACUAUGGGCAGAAAAUAAGUUAAUAGAUUAUUCAAGAGUCAAAGUUUAACACAAAGAAACGAUUAUUAUGGGGAUAGUUCAAGUCUUAGCUUCUGUAUUUCUGUCUCUUCGCACGUAAGAUAGCGCGCUAGGAAUGGCAAUACAGAAGCUCGAUAAGCCGAUGUACGGCAGGAUAUAAGACGGAAGUUGCGGCGCAUCGGGCGGGAAGACUUGCAGACAUAAGAUCGGAAUGUAGGGGAUGGGCAACAUAAUCUAGAAUUCGACCAGCAAAUUGCUUGACCGCAUUGAAGUGUCGUUGUAAGAUAGUGUCAACUAAAAAAAUAUAAGAAACACCAGCAGCAGAAGAGAGCAUGCGGAGGAUUCGUUUCAAAAUUAAAAUAUCCUUUUUUAACAAAACAGGAAAAAUGACAGGAGAGCACUAUAGGAUAAGAGGAAGAAUGCAGGCAUCGAUGAAUCGCCAGACUAAGGGUUGAGGUGUGUGGUAGGAACGUAAACGACGUACGUAGUAAAGAAGUUUACGAACUUUAAUAAAUAGGGACUCAAUAUGGAGGGAAAAUGAAAGAGUUGAGUACAAAGUAACGCCGAGGUACCUGAAAGAGGAUACGUCGUUAGGAAGAAUGUCAGAGGAAUCAGGGUUAGGUGAGGGCCGCAGUCGAAAAAUACACUGAACGGAUUUUUGGUUGUUAAUUAGGAGACCAUUUUCCUCCGACCAGGCUAGGACAUGGUUUAGGCCAUCCUUUAGAGACCGGAGGUGUGUCUGACUUUUUUUGUGGGACCCUUGUGACCACAGCUGUAAAACUGUCAAUGUAGGAUCUGUUAUUGGGGGCGGAAUUCGUUGAUUGUUAUGAACUGUGGUGGAGCGAAUAGUAGCGCCUCACCACGAGGCAGUUUCAAGCGACGGGAUGCGAAAAUGGCAGAAGCGGAGUGCACGUUCCUACGAGAUGCACCUACUUGAUACGGCUGCGAUCAUGCCUGAUAUAGCCAGCCUCGAUCAUGUCCCUAACUGUACCUCUCCAUGCGUGACGAUCCGCGGCAGCAGAUCUGGACAGCUCAACCCAUUCCCUUCGCCAACGACGUAGACCGAAUACCGAAGGUCCAGUGACCACCAUGUCUUGACGAACUGUGUCAAGCCAGGUUUUGAACUGACCCCCUCAUCGACGCCUCCAAUGGGGCAAUGGUGUCGGAUCGAGGGCAGUAACACUGAGCUUCUGAGGUGGACGACGAGGAACAUGCCCGUACCACCUCAAUCGUCUUUCGUGGAUGGCCUGAGUUAUCCUUGCGAUGUUGUCGCAGCGAGCACGGACUGUCUCAUUUGAGACAACGUCGGUGAACUUCACUCGAGGGAUGGUCUUCAAGCAGUGGUGGUCAAAUACUUCCAGUUUUCGCUCGUCCUCCACGCGCAAAGCCCAGCAUUCACAACCGUAGAGAAGGACAGACCGGACAGGUGUACGGUACACGCGAAUCUUAGUGGCGAUAAGGAGGUCACGUCGGAUUUAUAGGCAUUUUCGAAAUCUUGAGAAAACCCAGCGGGCAACAUCAAUUCAGGAGACAAUGUCAUCCUUACUCUGUCCAUUAGGCAGCAGCAUCGCCCGAGGUACUUAAAACUGUCUACUUCGAAAAGUGGACAUCCAUCAAUCCCGAGGGGCGCCUUCUCCUGGUCAGGGAUGCAGCUUGAAAAAACUUUAGUCUUCCCAGCGUUUAUGGAUAAAUCGACCUAUUUAGCGACUUCGUUCACCCGCGACACCAUAGACUGCAGAUCACCAAAAUUUGAGCAAGUAAGGCGACAUCAUCGGCAUAGUCGACACCAGUCCGUCGGUGUCCGGGUGCAGACUCAACGUCGUCGCUCUCGCGUAGGGCCCUCCCGAAAAUUCAGUCAAUAGCAUAGUUGAACAGAAUGGGUGACAGGAUACAACCCUGUCGAAUGCCAGACCGAACACCGAGAUGCACCAACCCCCGGCCAGCUGCAACCGCAGGUCGAGAGGUCUCGGGUCCAGUGGAUCACGACCAUUUACUCCUCUUUCAGAUUCUUACUCAGCUUGUCUAUCUUUGAGCUCUUUUCUCUCCCCUCCCUCCCCCUUUUUAGUGGUUGGAUAAACUCCCUGAAAACUCUCCAGGAAGACACUAGAGUGGCCGCCUUCAUGAUUUUAAUCGCCUGCCUCUACUCGCUUUCAUCUGCUGCAGCAGCCUUCCUUCUGAUUCGGGUACGCAGCUUUUCUGUUUUUUUUUCGCCUCACUCCUCCUCCUCCUCUCCGCCCUCCCUGGUGCUUACGCCGAGAUCCACGGCGUCUUUUUUAGUCUAGUGGUGCGUUUUAAAGGAGGUACCACCUUUUCACAAUCGGCAUUUGUCCCUGCCGGCCUCAGUCUACUGUCCUAAAGCAGCUGACUCGACAGGCAGCAGUUUCAAAAAUCGCAGAAUGAAAGAGGCCGUGCCUGUCUGGGGAGCUACUUUGCGUCGUGUCACAUUUUGGAUGUCGAACGUCCUACUACCUCUAUUCUAUGUCUCAAAUAAGUUGCACCCGAAAGAAAGGCAUUGGAAGUAGGGGGUCAGUUACGCCUCUUGUUUUUUAACUCGUUUUUCAGGCACACAGCUACUACCGUAAUUCUGGUGCCAGUACAAACAAGGCCAAGCAGGAGUUUGCCCGUGAGGUCCUGGACGGCAGACUGCGGGACGGCGAGCCUUAG